UUCACUGGACUCAACUCAGAGCUCAUGCUUAUGUUUUUGUUAUUGUUCUCUGGCCGUGGUGUUGUGGACAGAAGAAACGUUGAAUGUUAUGAUAUUUUAGUAACGUUUGCCUAAUCGGAUAGGCAUCGACAUUUUUAAAUAAAUAUUUUGCAUGAUUUUACGGAAACUCCGCAGAAAAAGCUUGUAGAGGUCCAAAGACACCAAGUUCAUUUGUUGCCAUGGAAACCGCCUGGAAAGUGGAGUUCCGGAAUGUCGGCAGCAGUUACUUCCCAGAGAGCCGAAUUGAAUGCCAUUAUACUAUCAGUUCCCAGCAUACCUGGGCCAGCAGUGACUGGAUUGGACUCUUCAGGGUGGGCUGGAACUCUGUGAAGGACUACCAUACCUUUGUCUGGGUACUGGCUCCAGCUGGCUACAAGGAAGGGACUGAUAGCAACUGUUGUGUGCACUUCCAAGCCUCGUACCUUCCCAAGGCCAGUGGCCAGGCCUACCAGUUUGUGUACGUGGACAGUAAAGGGGAGGUGUGCUCCUGCAGCGCCCCCUUCUCCUUCUGCGCCCCCAAGCCCCUGGAGGAGCUGGUCACCCUGGAGGAGGGAGGCCACGAGGACGGGGCAGGGGAGGACAUGCUGGUGGUCAUCCCCAGAGCCGAGCUCCUGCAGAGCCGUCUGCAGGAGUGCCUGAAGGAGCGCGGGGAGCUGCUUCAGGCCCUGGAGUCCGCUGACCGCGGCCGAGAGAGGGAGAGGGAGCGGAGCGAGCGGACCAGGGAGGCAUGGGAACGUGUCCGGCGCCAGCUGGAGAGUGACCUGGUCAGCCUGAAGAAGGAGCUGAGACAGAGCUGGGAGGAGAUGGAGGAGAUGAGGAGGAAACAGGAGGAAGUGCUAGCCUCUGAAGAAGCUCUGGCCGAGGAAAAGAGUGCUCUGCUGAGCAAGAGGGCAGCGAACGAGCAGCGCAUCCGAGAGCUGGAGGACGACAUCAAAGCGCUCGGCCAGCGAGCCCUGGAGAGGGAGACGGACAUGGAGAGGAUGAAGGAAAAGGCUAAGAAGGUGGCAGCCCAGAGGAAAGAGGAAGAGAGUGAACGGAAGAGUCUGAAGGCCAAACUGGAGCAGACGGAGGUGGAGCUGCGCAGUCUGUCUGCAGAGUUCCAGGGUUUGCGCAGCUCACUGGCACAGAGGGACACACACGCCCUGCAGCUGAGAGACACCAUCACCACGCUCACACACAAGCUCAACACCGCUCACAGGAAAGAGGCGGAGAGUGAGGCGGCCCUGGGCGAGCUGCGGAGCCUGCAGGAGCGCGUGCGGGCCAGCGAGAGGGCGGCCGAGGACCUGCGGGCCGAGCUGAGCGCGCUGGCCGCCAAGCGGGACCAGAGCCAGGCCGAGCUGCACCAGGCGCGCCUGCAGGCGGCCCAACUCACCCUGCAGCUGGCCGACGCCAGCCUGGCGCUCCGCGAGGGCCGCGCCUGCUGGGCCCAGGAGAGGGAGAGUCUGCAGCGCACCUCCGAGAUGGACAGGACCCGCAUGGAGAAGCUACUGGAGGAGAUGCAGCGGCGUGAGGAGAUGCUGCAGGAGCAGAGGAUGGAGCGCGAGAAGGCCGAGGUGGAGCUGGGCCGAGAGAAGGACUGCAAUCGGGUGCAGCUGAGUGAGACCAGGCGAGAGCUGCAGGAGCUGAAGGCCAGUCUGCGGGUGGCUCAGAAAGAGAAGGAGCAGCUGCAGAUGGAAAAACAGGAUGUGUUGGAGUAUGCGCGUCAGCUGGAACAGCGGCUGCAGGCAGCAUCUGACUCCAAGUGGGCCGAGAUGGCCUUGCUCCACAGCACCAUCCGGCCUGAGAGCCCCAUGUCAGACUCAGAGGACGAGAAGCCGGAGGCGCUGCAGCCUGUGCGGAGCUCCAGGCCCUUGGCCCCCUACGGCCUGUGUGAGCAGCCCCAGCAAGAGCCCCUGCUGCCGGCCACCCCUCCGCCCUCCCCCCGGACCCUCUCCAGAGAGUUGGCCGUGGUCAUCAGCCAGCCGGCACCCCUCUCCUCGCCUCGCCCCCCGGCCGGCGACACGCUCGCGCACAGCUCCGAGUCGGAGGAGGAAAGCGAGGUUCCCCAGUGUGGAGGCCACAGCUCUGGAGAGGAGACCGCUCUGCUGCUCCCUGACCACAGUGACCCUGUUCUCAGUGACCUGGCGGACAGCCCCCUGUGGUGAAGUGCUUGACAUCAGUCUUCAGGAGGCCAGGCCGUUUACCAGGGUUCAUCACGUUACGUUUUCUUCACUUGGCUCUUUUGUUACAGCACACACUGGCAUUCAGCAACAGUUACAAAUAUGCAAUUUGAUUUGGGAUGUUAUAUGCACGUCCAUUAUGCAAUGGCAUUGGCCACUAAACCUCUCACGCCACAAAACAUAAGUUAACCCACCUGAGUGAAACACACUUCAGCAGCAACACAUAUCAAUAGCAUUCUUGGACUCUUCUAGGAAGGAAAUUGUAGAAAAAAGUGAAGACAAACUUUUUUACGGUCACUUUAAAGUGUGUCUUACGUGUGUGUGUGUGUGUGUGUGUGUGUGGGUGAAAUGUUUAUCUGUGUGUGGGUGCCCAUUUUUAAUUGAACGGUUUAGUAAUUUCUGCCGCCAGAGUAGUUUGACCAGUGUUUCAAAAAUACAGCUUUAUAUUAUGUACCUGCAAUAAGUUGAAGUACAGGGUCUGGGGGUUGUUUCCAUGUGUUUUUAACCUAAGAUUUUCAUGUCCUCCCUCUGCUAGUGUGGACAUGAGUCAUGACAUGAUGGGAAUGAAGGAAAGCAACACAGAGAGAGAUGAAGUCAGAUGCAGUAUAAUGUGGAGAGAAGGGAAAUGAAAAUAGACAGUAGAACAGUGAUUGCAGAGGUAGGGGAGAUGCACUUUAAGCUCCUGAAGUCAUGUUUUUUUAAUCAUUAUUAUUUUCACCCCUGUAUUUGUGUGUGCCCUAGGAGGGUUUGUUGCAGUCGACGGUAAUGAUGUUUAGGAGAAGUCCUGGAGAUUAGGCUUACUGUUCCCACUCUAUGUAUGGUGAGGUAACAUUAUAAGUGACCCUGCAAGGCGAAACCAGUCAAAUUGGUAAAAUUUACAAAAUUGAGUUAUUGUGCUCACAUGAACGGUCAUAAACUAAGCUUUCCAAUGAUAUGUAUAUCGAGUGUGUUGCAAAAAGUAUUGCUAAGAUAACCGCAUCCAAAGUUGGCAUGGUUCUUCCGUCACGAUACGCCAGAAGAGGAGAAAAUCACCUUUUUAAGUAAAUUGUCACGCUAAUGUGUUGAAUCUUCACCUAAAUAAAGUCAGGGUUUAACAGUCACAACUUUUUCCAUGAAAUUUGUUCACAAUAUGAAAGUGUAGACUGUAUACUGUCGAAUUAUGCGAAAACGUGAAAUUCGACAUUUUAACCUGUACGUUUGUUUAUUGUGGAUUUUCUGGUUUUGCCUUGCAGGGUCACAUAUGAGCAUUCAAUGCAUUUUGCCAUAUGCCUCUCAGAAACCCAAAUCAUAGAUGCUAAAUGAUAAUCUUAAAGGCAUUUGAGAAUGUUGAGAGGCAGGCCUGAGAAAAGUGUCAUAUGCCAGUGUGGAUUUCAACCUAUCUCUUUCCACACUAUAGGCUAGUAAUUUUAAAUUUGUGCCUGAAUAACACUCAUGAAUUUCCUGUAUUUUCCUGUUUGCAUUUGAGGACACUCAUUAUUGUGUGGUGAGGUUGUCACGGUCUACCUUUUGUGUUGCACAGAGGGACAUAGCUUUUUUUUUCUUUCUUCAGCAACAGUUUGUUUAUUUACACUUUAAUAUUUUUACUAUUAAACUAUUCAAUUUUAGGCUAGUUUGGCAAAAAAAUCUUCACGUAAGCAUUUAUAAAUAACUGUAUAUCAUGGAAUAUGGGAAACGGUUGGUCUCUGUAUGGCUUGUGAUUGGGAAGACUUCAGUAUGGCUGAGGCCCUUCAGUUUUGCCUAGAUUAUUUGAUAUUUGCUGAACUUUGCACCUGUUUUACAGCAAGAGAGCAUUUUUAAUGGCUUAUGAGAUACCAGAUUGCUUUGCAUUUUACAGAACUUGCUUUAUUAUUGUUAAUCAGUAUGACUUUUGUCUGCGUAAGAUUUAAUAUCUUUAACUUUAGUUAUGACUUGCUUGAAUUACUUUCAUUGCUGUAUUAAGGGUAUACCAUGACUUAACAUUUUGGCUUUUUACUUGUUUGCUAUCCUAGUUACAAUUUUUGAUUGCUCAGAUUAGUAUAAAAACCAUUGGUGCCGUCACAGGCAACCAUAAGCGUAGCAAAGCUAAUACAUUUGAAGAAGGACUGUCCUUACACAACUCCUUGUGACUAUGUUACUCAACCUAGUCUUUGACUAAUCAAAGAUUUUGGCAAUACCAUUGGAGUUGUACUUAAUCUUUCAGGAAUUCAGUCCUAAUACACAAAAGUCAUAAAGCUAGUAUGAAUUGGCUUAUGUGAGGUGUGUCUGAGUGAUGUCAUUCUCCAACUCGUGACAGUGAGUUGCUGUAAUGUCAUAAAACAAAUGAAGCUCCGCUCAUGUCAUGUUUAGUGGAAAGAUUAACAUGUAUCUUUUUGGUUCCAAACAACAGCUUUUUAUCAUGUUUGGCUUCAGCACAAAGAUGUUUGUCCUGUAUUUUUUAAGAGUGUCUGUACUGCGAAACUUCAAAGUACUGUACUCCUGUGCGGCCAGUCGUUGUCAAUGGCGUUGAGGCCAAGUCUUUUGUUUCUGAGAUUACAGUGUCCGUGUGUUAUUUUACUCUUUAACUAUGAUGGUGUUUAUCCCAUAUUCUCCUAUCUAAAAUGUAUUUUCUAGACUCUUCAAUACUGUAUAGGGUGUGGGUGGGUUUCAAUAAUAAAAUAAAUAUUAUGUGUCA